UACGACUGCACCUCGUAAUAUGAACCUCGCACCCAAGGCAAUCUUCCAGCCAUGCAUCCCAUGCGCCCUCCGCUUCUAACCAACCAUCUCGCCGGCACACCCUCGGUCCUCUUGAGACACACUCGCGGCGCGAGGAGGCACUGCCCUCCAGCGGUCAAAGCGAGGCGGCACGCCGGACGCACCAUCUCGCACUCACUGACUGACAUGACUGGCAGAACCUGGCUGCAGAUGACGCCCGAGGAAAUGACAGCUGGACUCGACGUUGGAGCCUGACAGUCCUUCCUCCUGUCAUCAUCAACAUUGUCGUGCGUGCGUGCGUGCGACCGACGUCUGCCCUGACCCUGGCCCUGGCCCUGCCCUACCGUCUCGUGCCCAAGGCGAGGCGACCUCACCUUGGUUGGAGCCGCAGUCUCACCACGAGCUGUAAGAGCACAAGUGCCCCCAGGGCUGCGUGCCAGCUAGACCCAGCCGUCCCGCGCGUGCGAGUGUGACGGACCAGACACCAAUUCCCCCCCCCCCCCCCUACCCUACCUUGCCUACCGUCUGCCCUGCUGCUGCCAAGUAAGGCAAGGGAACCUCGGAGCAGCAGCUGCAGCAGCACCACCUACCACCUCACUCCCUCCCGCUCUGGCAUUCAAGGUACUUACUUACUUUGCACACCUCAUGGCCUGAAUCUCCGACGACUCACAAUCCGCAGCCUCGAGGACUCGCGUGCCUCAGGCUGUUCGUUCCAAGACAUGGCCGCUGCUUGUCGCUGGCGCUGACACCCACGCCCUCGCCGACGCUGCGCUCCGUUGCGGUGCGACGAUGACGACGGCCGCCUGCAGCCGUCGCCCAGCUCGCCCUCCAUGGAAACCGCCGUUUGCAGCCCUGCCAGCCUGGUACCGCUCUUCGAUGCCAUGGCCUCUCCCGCCGAUGCCUUCGACGUUGAUUUCGAUAACGACCGACACACGGAUGUCUCCGUAUCUCACUCCCACUUCGCCACGACCGCAUCGUCCCAUGGCGACGACGACAUGAAGGGGAGCGACGGCUGGCGCCUCGCAAGCGACGCGUCCACGGUGUCGAGCAGGGUCACGACACCCGAUCCGGUGCCGCCGCCGCCGCCGCGAGUGCCGUUGCCAGGCAUUCUUCGAGCCCCCUUCGCCGGCCGAGCGGUCGACCUGCCCACGCCGUCCGUUCCUCCACCGCCAACCGGCAUCUAUCUGUCUCGACGUUCCAACAAGGCCCCCGACGCCGUUGUCCCUCCUCAACACGACAAUGACUAUGCAGAUACCCGCGGCUGCAGCACACCACAAAAUCGACAUCCGGUCCCGUCGAGCCAGCUGCCUCCGCACUAUAUUCCCCCGCCUCCCUUUGCUGCAUACGGGACAAGAUUCCUGGACGAGCAUGGAACGGUACUACCGCCGCCGCCGCCGCCGCCUCCUCCUCCCCCCGCAUUUCCAAGCCCGAAUGAGCUAUAUGACCUGUCUAGUCUGCCCCAAGAGACUUUGUCAAGCUCACUGCCUCUUCCUCAGACCAACACCACGCCAACCACGUUUCAACAGACGCGAUCUUUGAACAAUGCUACGAUCAAUGGUCGACAGGCUCAUCGCCCUCAAAGCAAAAGCGAAUACUCCGAUUCUUCCUUGUCAUCAAGGCAGCGGUUGGAAGACACGUCGUGGAGCUCCGAUUCGUCGUCGCAGGAGGAUCCCGUCGCUUACCGCAAUGCCCGCCAGUUUCCUCCCUCCUUUCCAGCGCGCCCGAGAAGUUUUCCAUCAGUUCCGCGGAGCCGAUCCCUCGCGACGAACCGCAUCAAGACUUGGGUCUCUCAGUACGAAAAAUCACAGAGCCCUAUGCGCACGCGAUCUGAUGGUACUGGGUUGACCAAGGAGCUGGGGGAGGCGGCCUCGCAAGACAAUGAGUCGGCCGUCUCGGCCGUCUCAUCCUACGCAGAGGUGGAGCUUCUAUGGCAGCAGCUCAAGGAAAAGAGAGCAAGGCUUGGUGAGAUCAAGGCACAGAUGGCCGAGCGUCGGGAAGAGCUGCGACGCCUGCGCCGUCAGCGGAACGAAGCGGACAAUGCGUUUAUGAGUCUUAUCCGCCCGAUGUUGGUUAGCCAGCGCGGGAUGCUCCAGACAUCGGUGCGAGUGUUGGACAGUCGAAUAGCCGACAUGCAAGACCUGCGAGACGAGUACCAUGCCCGCGAAUCAGACUACGAAAUCCUCGAGCAGAUGAUGGACGACGAAGAGAAGCAGCUCAACGACCUGGAGACGCGAUUCUUCAGCUUGUUGGCUGCCGGCCAAACAAAAGCACACAGGGCACCACGAUCCAUCACGUCGGAGGAUUCGUCUCACAACCUGCCCCACCUACCCAUCGAGUUGCGGGGUAUCGCUUCCGACAAGGCGCUCGAGGAUGUCCAUCCUCUCUACGUGAAGCUCACAUCUGCCGUUGGCGAUCUUGAGAAUGCGAGGGAGGAGCUCGAAGACUUGUUUUACGUGAACCACCAGUACGAGUUCGAAGCCGAGCUCAAGAAGACAACUGGAAAGUCAACCACGCAAGAUAUGGAGGAAUUUUUCGAAGAGUUUCCCGCCGAGGAGGCGAGGAUGAGGGCCGAAGUCAUCAAGCUGGAGAAUAAGGUCCAACGUCUGAAGAAGGUGUGCGAGGACAAGGGCGUCAUGCGCAAGCACAUGUCUCUGCGCAUGGCGUACGCCCUAGACCCAAACACCAAGUUCGAUGAUAUGGAGCUCGAGGAUAAGGCGUCAAUUCUCGCAAGGCACAAGUCACUGGCCCACGACGUGUUCCCGGAGCUCCUAUCGCAGCCUAACCACGUCUUGGCCCAGCCUGAGCCGCAGACUUCACUCAAAGCCUACACGACGGCCGCAGCCUUGCCCGAUGACGAUCCUCAGAAGCGGGACAGACAGCGGCUAGCCGCCAAGGAGUACUCGAUCGACAGCUUCGCGCGCGGACAAGAAGGCGGAGGCACAGGAGACCUUGUGAACAGAUGGCUGCUUCAGCAACUGAGGCUAUCGCGGCUUAAUGUGCAACUCUUGCACUCGACCUUUGUCUGGAGCCGAUCCCUCAAGAUUCGCAAUCUUUGGCGCUGGCAACACGACGUGAUAUUCUAUUGGUGGCGUGACAACACCGUGGACCUGACAGAGGGCGAGAUUCCUGGCCAUCGCAUCACCACCCUGGGCUCGGACUACUCAUCGCGGUUAGGGACACCAGAGAUGUCAAGGGCAGCGUCGGACGGGCAGCUGGGCCGGCCGCUGCGCACCUUGCAUCGCUUCGACAGCGACGACGCAAUUACAGUGGGCGGCUGAGAGCCAGCCGGCCUUUACCAGAUACGGGCUCCCUUCGCGCUCGGAGUUUGCCCGUUACAGCGUGUCUUUUUGGUUUUAUUUUUGCUGCUUGCAUCCUUUUCAAGCUGCGAGGCGUUUCGCUAUGCGGACUCUGUGGGACGUGGACGUGGUCCAGGUGGACAAAAUUUGAAGGGCAAGGACAUGGAGCAGGACUUUGAGGCCUUCCCACUUACGGCACCAGUUGUGCGCAGAGCGAGGACGGGCAUGUGAUACCCCGCCGUGGACGUGGAUUCCACGGCAACUUCAACAUGUAUCUGUACGGAAACGGGUCUUGGAUUUGCACCGAUUUUGCUCCAUGAUGAUUGCUGUCUUGUUUCGUUUGGGUUUCUUCGAUGAUAUUCCGGGAUUGCUUUAGCGGGCGUGAGCGAAAUAGAUUGCGGGCGAACCCGUAUGGUAGCUCUGGGCUCAUGUUCACUGCCCGCGUCGUGUAAUGUCUGGGACUAUUCGGAACUGGAUGUGAUGCCAUAGGGAUUCUUAAUAUGUUGAUCGCGACAAUCUCGGGGUUCGAGAGCUGCAGACCCAUUGUUGGUGGCGUUCAGGACCGGGGGAAGGGGGGCCGUUUUUUCGCUGCCCCGCCAUCUGAUUUCGGCUGUUUCUAUUUGUUUCAUGUUGUUUGGAAAGCACAAAAGACACCAAC